AAUUACCGACUUACCUUUAUCGAGAGAAAUGCUAAAAAGUACAUUCAUAUAAAUGUUAUCAUCAUAAAAGUGUCCCUGAAUUUUUUAUCAGUUUGUGCGUCGACAAUUUUAAUAUUACAAGCUGUUUACGGGCGUUAAAGUGUUAAAAUCCGCGUGUGGCCUACCUCGCAGCCAUAUAUCGCAGAGAGCAAAUACCGCUUUGAGGUCCGGUAGCCGAGAAGCUUCGCCAGUGAUCAUCAAGAGGUACGUCCGUCUGCGGGAGCGAAACGUGUAGUCGGUCUACCAAUCAAAUAAUAAGCCGGUACGAUGGCGGCAUUCGUAGCGAAGCAAAUGGUGGGAAACAAACUUAACGCAGUUAAAGGAGCUGUCGGCGGAGAUGAUGAUAGUGACGACAAAGAAAAGGAGGAGGAGGCCGAACGGGAACGGCUGGAGGCAAUCCGAGAAGCCGAAGAAAGGAGAAAGGAAAAACACAGAAAAAUGGAAGAGGAGAGGGAGAAGAUGAGGCAAGAGAUUAGAGACAAGUAUAACAUAAAGAAAAAGGAGGAAGUUGUCGACCCGAUCGUAGAAGAACCAAAUCCAUUAAUGCGGAAAAAGAAAACACCAGAGGAGCUUGCGCGAGAAGCGGAAGCGGAAGACGAGGACGAACUGACAAAACUCAAGAACACGAUAGAGUCGAGCGUAAAUGAGCUCAGGUCUCAACUCGAAAGUAAAUGUGUAAUGCAAUGAACAUGGGGACGACCGCAAGGCGCUGGCCCCCUUCUAGGCUUUACACCACCUUAGGAAUGCGAUAGUUUUUUUUCUGCUUAAAACCACAAUGACGAAAAAUCUGCUUUCGCGCCAUCGUCUCAUUCGAGGUUUAAACAGAAAAAAGCCGGUAUUUAUCUGGAACAUUUUGUUAAUUUAGUUGGUAGAAGUAACACCUGUGAUGUUUAUAACUUAUUUCGUGUAGGUAGCUAUGUGUUUUGCGACCUUGAAAAGGGAAAUGACAAGAUAGCUGUGAACAACACAACCCCCCCGCCUUAGUGUUUUUUAGUUAGGGUGUCCUGAGUAUGGUGAAAAUUCUAAACCCGUAAUUAAAUAUACAGUUUGCCAAUAUACCAAAUAUAGAGACCAAAUUAAAUAUAAACCCUCCGUUCAAAUCGACAAAAAUCGAUCUCAGAUUCGUAGUUUACCAUUAUACUUUACCAUAAUGUUAAUAUGGCCGGCAACCAUAACUUUAGACCUAGAUAAAAUGAAUUUUAACUCUCAUUGCCGAAACCUAAAAGUUUCUGGAGGACGCGCCAGAAUAAUUUAGAAAGGGUUGACGUAAUUCGAUAUGAACGAGACACAUUUUGUUGUAAAAGUCAAACCCUUAUCAAUGCCGCGUUUAAAUUUAAUUAACCCAUUUGAACUAGUAGUAUGACGUUUACAAAAAGUUGUGUGGCGUUUGCGACUCGUUAAAGAAAAUGUUUGUACCUGAGUUUUGUUAAUUCUUACAUUGUAAAGAGUGCUCAUUACAAAGAACAAAGGACAUCCAUAAGUGACAGAAAACAAUACGUUAGCAGAGUUUGUUUUCCUUACAUUUCACUUCUAGAACCAUGUUCUGAGAGCUAACGCAAAUUGUAAACGAUUAUCGUCUUUAACUUCACUGAGUGCCAACUUGACUCGAAUAAAUUUGACAAAAAGUUCCUAUUAUUCGUAUGCAAAAUUCCUCUACAUCUUUAACUUAGCUCGAAUAUUUUCCAUCCAAGCGCAAACGCAACCAAAACUGCUGUAAGCGCUAGUACAUCGUUGUGGCCACGCAGAUACAAAUCCUCACCAAAAAAAGAGACUGCGAUAAACAAUUGACAAGUAACAAAUCUAUUAUGAUGACCUGAUCAAUUGUUUAAAUAAAUGUUGUCAUAAUACUUUUGUCGUAGCGUUUAAACAUUGUUACCAGGUUUUGUAAGUAGAUGAAAAUAUAGUUUUUAACCUAUUUUUAUGUAUCGCCAAAAUAGUGAAAAUUUUAAGAAAGCGUGAAAUUGAACCUUGUUUUUUUCAUUUUUCAACUUUUGACACUAAUACUUUUCGAGCGACUAUCCUUCACUUUCCUUAUUGCACAACGCAUUGUGAUUGGUCAUCCAAAUUCCUUGGCAGCUCUCGUUGUUGUUUGUCUAUAAAAAAAAGGACAGUGUUGGGAAAUACGUUAAUUCAAUUCAAUUACGGUUUCCAUGACUACUAUUGCGUGUUAUUUUUUUCUAGACAGAUAACGUACAAUUAGAUGUUUCACGUGCUUGAGUAACUCAAAUCCUUAUAACUAUGAAUAUUUGUUUAUUGUUAUAAUUUUCAUAGUAACUAUAUGGGGCUGUAAAUGUGGUGUAAAAUUUAAUUUUACUUCUCGAAUUGAUUUUCCUUCCGCUUGGUUAUAAUUGUCGUUGUUCAAUUAUACAUGAUUACAGUCAUUACCUACACUACGUAUUUCCAUAUGUUUAUUCAUCUACUUUAUAUUCAACUCGUACACAAUAAAUUUCGUUGGUUAGUUGCAUGUUAUAUUUGUUCUCUGUUCAUUGUUUCCUGUCUCUUUGACACCCCCCCAAUUUAUACCGUUCAAAAAUCUAACAUGGCAUACACUGUAACGUGAUUUUUCAAUGAAAUUUGUAUUUUUUUUAACGACCUACAAAAUGCAAUCGGGCAAAAAAUGUAAAGCUGUAAGUAAUCUUUUUUUACUAAGAAAAGUUUUUUCUUGUUAUGGAAUUCACGCAAAUCUUAGCCUCUUUGACCGAUUGCGAAUACUCAGCGAAUUAAAAACACGGCACAUGAUUUGACUAGGAGGCUGGCUUCUUAUGUUUUUCGCGCUUGUUAUGCGACCAAAGCAGACUGACGGACGAAUCUAUCUCUGAGCAUGCCAAUUUUUCCCAUAACCGGCUUAAGUUUAAAACAAUUUAGGUAACUUAACAGAGUAUCUCCACAGAAACUGUCAUCCAUUAAUUAUUGGUUAGUUGCUUCAACAUAGUAAGCAUACCAGACUGACAUUAAGUUAUUUUGUUGUUUUCGUCAGUUUUUUGGAGUUUUAUAUUUUAGCAAUGAAUGUCGAGAUAUCUAUAUUGCCAAUUAUAUCGUAUCUUUUGCAUAAAGUUAUGGAUUUUUCGAAUUUUAAAAUGUAGGUAUUCCUGAGUAAAGUUUAUUCGUAUAAAUAAAUUUGUAGGAAAGUUUUCGUGUUGUGGUUUUCCUUAGGUAAGUAAGUUCUCUGCUACCUUUUUCCAAAAAAUGUAUUAAAGUUUUAACGUUAAAAUUUUCAAAUUAGCAAUACCCUAUAUAUACCUAUGCUUAAUAUUGUAUCUGUUAAAUGCUGUUUAUAAAAAAAUAUUUCGAGAUAUUUGGCAAUACAUUUCGAUAUUCAUUCAUUUAAGAAGGAAGUAAUAACAAUGUCGCCAAAUAUUUUUUACUUUGGCAGAAAAGCUCGAAACCGUCGGUUUUAUUAAUUUAGUCAACCUUCAACCGAUACAUUAAAAACGUUUG